AUGCACACAAAAUUGCCUAGUUCGAUUGUCGACAUUUCAAAAAUGGCAUCUGUAACUGUGGCCACUCUGCAUGUAAAAUGUAGAAAUUCUCCAUACCCUCGCACUUCAGACAUACAAAGGUAUCCUGUUCCUGAUGAUAAAGUCAGUUGGAAUCUAUCUUGGCCUGAAUAUCAUCCGGUAGCGUACACAGCCCCAGGAAUAUCUAAAAAGCCAUGGGCUGAUCCGGAUAAUCAUGAUGGAAAAUAUAAAGCUAUUCAGUUUAAUAAAAUUGACGGAAUACUUGAUAGAACAAGUUUUAUGGGUCAGUAUAAAUUCAGUACUGAUGGAUUACCAUUAAAUCCCUGUGGACGUACGGGAAUCACUGGACGUGGUGUUCUUGGUCGUUGGGGUCCUAAUCAUGCUGCUGAUCCAAUUGUAACACGAUGGAAGAUUGACAACUCAGGUAGUCGAUGUUUAAAUAAAACUACUGGACGUCCAAUUCUUCAGUUUGUUUCUAUUCGUCGGAAAGAUUCUGGUCAAUGGGCCAUCCCUGGGGGUAUGGUAGACGCUGGUGAAAAUUAUACAUCUACGUUAAAAAGAGAAUUUUCUGAAGAAGCUUUAAAUUCUACAACAGCUUCACCAAAAGAAUUAGAAGCGAUCGUAAAACGUGUUGAUGAUGCUUUUCAUCAUGGAGUUGAAAUUUAUAAGGGUUAUGUGGAUGAUCCACGUAAUACAGAUAAUGCAUGGAUGGAAACUGUGGCAGUAAAUUUUCACGAUGAAGUUGGCAAUUGUCUAGCGUUAUUUCCAUUAACUGCAGGUGAUGAUGCAGAUGCUGUACGUUGGACAGAUAUUAAUUCUGAUCUACAACUUUAUGCAAGUCAUCGUGAUUUUAUUAAAUUAGUUGCUGAAUUAAGAAAUGCACAAUGGUAA